ACACGGCGACACACGGCGACACACAGCCACGCUCCUCUCGGCAGCCCCCGUUCCGCACGCCGGCAUUUGCCCUUCAGACAAUGCAUAAUUCAGCAGCCUUGAAGGCGGCCGGGGGGGCGGCCGGCGCCGCCACAACGUGUCAAACUUGAGAAGCGAACGGCACCCCUGGAAAGGCGGCAGCGGCUGCACCGGCACCGGCACCGCCACCACCACCGGCACCGGCACCGCCCGCGCUCUCCCCGUGCGGCGGCGAGGGACGAUGCGCCGAGGGCGCAGCAGGGCCGGGCCGCGCUCCCCGCCGGAGGCCGCCGCACCUGCUCCCGGAGAUGUAUUACGCCAGACUUCCAGAUGAGAGGGUGAGACUAUGAGUGAAGAGCAUCCCGAAGAUUGUGUGCAGUUCUUUUCCUGGGUCAGAAUCGGAUUGAUCUGAGAACAAUAAUUAUGAGGCUGACAUGUAUGUUCUCCUUCAUCUUGCUGUUUGGAGCAGCUGGGCUCGUUGUCUUCAUUCACCUGCAGGAUCCAGAAGAAAUAGUUCAUCAGCAGACACCAGGGAUAAAAUAUAACAUGGGAUUCCAGCAAUCAAAAAAAGACUGUGUUUCCAGCAAUAACCAGGAUAGAAGAUUAAGAAAAAAUACUGCAGACAGAGUAGCAACAGUAAAGCAGAGCGAUUCAUUACACCUAUCUGAAAGUGUGCCCACUAAGCUUCAAAGCACAGACAAAAAGCAAAGCAGCAUAACAUUUGCAAUGAAAGAUCAACAGAAAGGUGAAGAAAUUAAUUCUAUUGGGCUCCAUAAACGGAGGAGGAGAUUUAUAAUUAAAAAGAGCCCAAUCCUGAUCUCCAUAAACAGCUCCAUUCUCAACCUGCCCACGCUUAAAUCUGAGGAUAGAAGCAACAAGUGGAAGAGUCUCUAUCAGAUCCAAAGAGAAAGAAAGAGGAUUAUGAGGGAAACAUGUUCUAAAUACAAGAGUAAUAAUAGAAGAAUAAUCACUCCUUAUCAUGUUUCUAGAAUAUUUGUAGAAGACAAAUACAGAGUUUUAUACUGUGAAGUACCAAAAGCUGGCUGCUCUAACUGGAAACGGGUGCUUAUGGUUCUUAACGGGCUGGCUUCUUCCACAAAAGAUAUACAGCACAAUACAGUGCACUACGGAAACUAUUUAAAAAGACUGGAUGGGUUUGAUCACAAAGGAAUUUACCAUAGGCUCAACACUUACACAAAGAUGCUUUUUAUUCGUGAACCCUUUGAAAAGCUGGUAUCUGCAUUUCGGGACAAGUUUGAACAUCCAAAUAACUACUACCACCCGGUUUUUGGAAAAGCCAUCAUUUCCAGAUACCGUGUCAAUGCCACCAAAGAAGCAUUAAGGACAGGCUCUGGAGUCAAAUUUAAAGAGUUCAUUCAGUAUCUCCUGGAUGUACAUAGGCCAGUGGGUAUGGAUAUCCACUGGGAUCAUGUCAAUAGGCUUUGCAGCCCAUGUUUAAUAGACUACGACUUUGUUGGGAAAUUUGAAAGUAUGGAAGAAGAUGCAAACUUUUUCUUGCACUUAAUUGGUGCACCACAAAAUUUAACUUUCCCCAAGUUUAAAGAUAGACACUCCAAUGAAGAAAGAACUACCACUAAAAUUACACAACAGUAUUUUGCACAGCUUUCUCCUUCUCAACGGCAACGAAGCUAUGACUUUUACUAUAUGGAUUACUUGAUGUUUAACUACUCAAAACCUUUUGAAGAUUUAUAUUGAUUUGAGAGCUGUGACAUUUCCACGGUCAUAUCAGUUGACUUGCCUAAGAAAUCCAGGUGGCUUCUGUUUAUAAAUACUCAUCUGUUAGUAAACAAUUGGUCAAAGAGCAGGAAAAAACCCAAAACAGAACAUAAAUGGCUAGUGAUGUUUACACCUUCACCUUAAUUGCCUCCUUUUUCAAAGCAUAUUUUUUUCUAUAGUUUCUCCAUAUGAAAUGUAUGUACAUAUAUGUAUAAUAUGUCAGGGCUCCCAAA